AUGACAUACUCCAAGAGGCUGGAUGCAGGGAAGGGCGCAUGUUUGGUGGAUGCCAUGCCAUGUGUCAUGCAUGGCCAAAGCUGUUCCAUUAAGAAGAAGCCGAUCUUCGAUGUAUCGGGCUUACCCUGCCCUGACAUGAGCACUGCGGGUAAGAGACAGAAGAGGGCAGGGCCGACAAACGCAGUCUACAUUGCACAUGGGCGCUGGACGACUGACUCUGAGACUCCCCUCAUUCUGGUGGAGUGCACCAAAGAAGAUCUUGACAUGGGCAUGAUGGAGGACACGCACCCAGACCAUGAUUUCUACCAGCUGUACUCAGAGCCAGCCAAUGUUGGGUUCAGCGGCCUAGCCCGCUACCGUACAUGGGCCAUUGGGGCCCAUAGAAAGCAUACCACGUGUUUGUUCGACCCGUUUGACCUGCAAGAGCGGCUCACUGCUGCCUUUCAGAAGCACGUCAAGGCGCAGGUGGCAGACUUUUUGGUUGGGUCAAAGUUUGAGAUCCAGAUGGAGGCCAGCAGUCUUGCUCUACGACGAGGGAUACCAUUCCGGCAGGGCCAGGGUGAUCUACGAUACCUCCUCUCUACUAGAGAAGAAGACACGAGACAAAAGCUGGAUGCCAAGUACAUUCAGAGGUUUGGAUCCCUGCCGGCUUUGAACAGCAACCUAGUAUAUUUUUUAGGAGAUUCAGCGGAGUAUUGCAGUUGGUCAGCCCACUCAGACAAAAUACCAACGUACAGGCUCAAUUCCCGCAACAGCCUGUGCUGGCUGCCAACUCAGAAACGUUGGUUGACACAGAAAGAACGACUUUGCUCAAUGGCCUUCCCGUCCGUUCCAGAAAUCGCGAACGCUAUGGACGUUCCACUCUUGGGUGCAACAGACAUUCAAAGAGCCGCAGACCUGUGUGGAAACUCAAUGCACUUUACAACCUGUGGAAUCAUGCAGUUGAUUUCACUUAGCUGUUUUGGGCCUCGCGGUAAGGGCCAGGGCCUGGGUGCAGGGAUUGUGGCCUGA